ACACACGCAUACAUGUGAACAUUCACAUCCUGACAAACACAGAUGCACAACAGCAGCAGGCAGGACUGGGCAGGGCUUGGGAAAAUUGUCUUAUUUUAUUUCUAGACUACAUGCGCCUGUCUCAGAGAGAGUGCAUAGGAUAUACAAGCAUAGAGGGAGAGGGAGAAAGAGGAGAGGAGUAAGGGAGGGAGUGUGGAUCAUGCAUGUGCAUUAACUCAGCUCCAGCGGCACAGCAGCAGCAGCAGCAGCACAGGAGAAACAGCAGCACAGGAGAAACAGCAGCAGCACAGGAGGGAAAGAGAAAAAGACUGAGACAUACAGAGUUGGAGGGAGGGUAACAGACUCAGACACAGGAACAAAGGCUGCAGAGCACUGCUUUCCAGCGCCACUAAAAGAACAACGGAGGAGUUGGAGCAGGAGGAGGGGGCGGUCAUGAUAGUAGUGAGACAAUAACGGAGGAGAGGAGGCACAUUGUAGUCCAGUAAGGACUGAAACCAAGGCUCUUCUCUUCUCUACUCUCCAUGUUUUUGGGAAUUCAACACUCCAUUACCUUUGCUCCAAACCCAGAGGAGGAUGUCUUUGUCAGGCAAGAAGGAAUUUGAUGUGAAGCAGAUCCUCAGGCUCCGAUGGCGCUGGUUCAGCCAUUCAUCUCAAGGUUCUGCUGGUAGUAUGGGUGGUGGUGUUGGUGGGGUCGGAGGCUACAUCCAGCAGGACGGCUUGGACCACAGAGGUCCGCCUGUCCAGGGCCGCCUCAAGAGUCACUCAAGGGAUAGAAAUGUUGGAGGAGGAGGGAUACGGAAGAAUAACAGCCCCGUCCACAGCAUCCUGGCACCAACAUCAGGGCCCACACCUGUCUAUGUCAGAACAGGGCAUCAGUCAUGGCACCAAGAGCAGAACACCAUCCAAGCACUCCAGGACAAUGAGGAAUCCCCAAAGACCAGUUCGACGAGGAAAGAAGACGAACACAGAGUCAAAGAAGUUGUUAAGGACAGCACAGAAGAACCUGUGGAGGCAGAGGUCAAAGACAGGUAGGACAGUCAGGAGGCCUGAAAUACCUACAGAGGACAGAUUAGUCAUACUUGAAUAGUGGAAAUUUAGUGAGCAGACACUAAGCAUGUCUAUUUCUGGAGCACAUGCCUAAAAUAUCAAAUUCAAAUCUGCAAAUGAAGGAAGUUUGACACGUAAAGUCAAAAUGUUUUGUUGCAAACUGGAAAUAUCUGAUUUAAAUGUAUUCUAGAAGUUGAUGCUUAGGACAUAUAAAAGGAAAGGUAUUAGAGGGCUGAUGCAUACCCUGUGCGCUCUACACACCACAACAUCAAUGUACAAUGUUGACUAUAUAUGACUUCAUCAUAUGAAUUCUGUGUGACUUCAUUAUGAAGUCAAUCAUG